AUGUUUCAGCUCCUGUCUGUAGUAGUGGCUGUGUGUAUAGUGGUUGUAAGUGUGCUGUACUUCUUAAUGUACAGCUCUGCCCAUAAAACCAAAUUUCCGGUCACUCUGCAAGACCCUGUUGUUAAAUAUCCUCUAAAGCUAAUAGAUAAACAGGAAAUUAGUCAUGACACAAAGAAAUUUCGUUUUGGCCUUCCCUCAUCAGAUCAUAUCCUAGGGCUGCCAGUCGGUCAGCACGUGUAUCUCUCAGCCAAGGUGAAUGGUAGCCUGGUCGUCAGAGCCUACACACCAGUCUCCAGUGAUAAUCAGCAAGGAUAUGUCGACCUUGUUGUCAAGGUGUACUAUAAGAACUCUCAUCCCUCGUUCCCAGAGGGAGGAAAGAUGUCCCAAUACCUGGAUAACAUGGCUACUGGAGAUGCAAUUGACUUCAGGGGACCCAGCGGCCUGCUUGUGUACAAGGGGAAAGGUCAGUUUUCCAUCCGGCCGGACAAGAAGUCAGAGCCGAGGACUUUCAAGAUCAAACAUAUUGCCAUGAUUGCUGGAGGAACAGGUAUUACGCCAAUGUUGCAGUUAAUUCGGACGAUCACAGCAGAUCCUAGUGACAACACGAAGUGCCAUCUUAUUUUUGCCAACCAGACGGAGAAAGAUAUUUUACUCAGAGAUGAGCUGCAUGAGGUGGAAAAAAGCCAUCCUGACAAGCUGAAGCUCUGGUUCACACUGGACAAACCAACUGAGGGUUGGAAGUACAGUUCUGGGUUUGUGACCUCUAAUAUGAUCAAGGAUCACCUCCCUGCUCCGUCCGCAGAUGUCCUCGUUGUUUUGUGUGGCCCUCCUGGAAUGAUCCAGCAUGCUUGUUUGCCAAAUCUGGACAAGCUGGGCUAUAAAACAGAACAGAUCUUUGCAUACUAA